GAACCCACCAAGGCCCAAGUCAAACGAGCGACGAGAGCGCGAUUCCUUUGGGCUCUUUUCUCUUCGUUCCUGCUUCUGAUAUCUGUCGUCUUCCUUAUUCUUGUCGAGAUUGGCAACACGAAAGUCGAAAGCAUACGGAACAAGAUAUACUUCAUCAAGAUCGAUGUCUCCGAUAUCAUUCCGGUCAGCGUCCCGAAUGCCGUGCUCAUCAACAGCAUAGCUCAAUCCUUGGGUCUUCACGAUUUCUACUCCGUGGGCCUGUGGAAUUUCUGCGAGGGCUACAAUGGCCAGGGUGUUACAGCAUGCAGCACACCACAGAAUUUGUACUGGUUCAAUCCUGUUGAGAUCAUUCAGAGCGAGCUGCUUGCCGGCGCAACCAUCGCUUUGCCAGCAGAGAUCAACGAUAUCCUCAAUUUAAUCAAGCAGGUCUCGCACUGGAUGUUCGGCCUGUUCCUCACCGGUGUCUGCCUCGACUUCUUGGUCAUGUUUCUCCUUCCGCUCUCCGUCUACACACGAUGGCUCAGCUUGCCACUUUCGAUUCUUACCUUCCUCGCCGCCUUUGCCACCACCGUAGCCGCGGUCAUUGCAACAGUCAUGUUCAUCAUCAUGCAGAACGCGAUUACAUCUGCCACUCAGCUGAAUAUCAAAGCCAGUAUUGGGACCCAAAUGUUCGCUUUUAUGUGGGUUGCUGCAGGAGCUUCAGUCAUUGCUUUCCUCGUCCAGAUGGGCAUGUGCUGCUGCUGUGCUUCGAGAAGAGAUGUCAGAAGGGGAAAGAAGACUGGAAGUAAGAAAGCAUGGAGGGACGGUGAGACACCCGGCAUCAGCGAG